CGUUAAAAAACCGUGUAUUAGUAUCUAUAUACAAUAAAACUUAAUUAUUCUGGUGAGUAAUAGUUAAUAAGAAAUAAAUAAAAGCACAUGAAUAAUCGAGAAGGCGUAUUUGAAACAGAAACAAAAUGGUGGAUAAGCGAGAGAGAUAAUAGAAAAGGAAAAGGGUGAUCUCAAACUGAAGUCACUUUAGCUGGUGUGAGAAUCACGAGAGGAGCAAGGAAGUCACAAGAGUCACAAGAAAAGGGAGAAGUUUAAGGGAGAGAAUGGAGUGUAGGAGAGGAGGUUCAGACACCCUCAAGAAGAAAAGUGGUGGAAAUGGACAGGUUCUAGACGGUUCCAAUAUUAUGGAGUUGGUUGGAAAUGAGCAAGUUUUCAGCAACUUCGUGGAUCAUAAGUUUCAUGAGUUAGAUAGAGACAAAGAUGGCAAACUCUCUGUGAAGGAGCUUCAACCUGCUGUUGCUGAUAUUGGUGCUGCUCUUGGUUUGCCUGCUCACGGCUCUAACCCUGAUUCUGAUCACAUCUAUUCUGAGGUGUUGAAUGAAUUCACACAUGGGAAGCAAGAAAGAGUGAGCAAGAGUGAGUUCAAAGAGGUUCUCUCAGACAUUCUUUUGGGCAUGGCUGCUGGAUUGAAGCGAGACCCAAUUGUGAUUCUUCGCAUUGAUGGGGAAGAUCUUCUGGAGUUUGUUAAUAGUUCAGGUUAUGAAGCAGAAAUGGCAUCCAUUUUCUCUCAGAUUGAAUCCCCUGAUCGGUCACUUCAUGAUCAUAUAAUUGAAGCUCUAGGCAAGCUCACUGUUGAUCAAGGAAUUCCUCCUACAUCAGAUUCUUGGGUCCUUACCAAUAUUGUGGAACCGGCACUGCUAUCUAAAGAUGACUCUUGUUUGGAUAAGCCUGUUUCUCAAGAGACAUUUUUGGAGGAAUUUAAGAAAGUAGCAUUGAGUGUGGCUGAUCGUCUUAAGGAGCAACCUGUGAUAGUUGCUCAUAGUGAGAACACCUUUGAUGGAAGUGGCAUUAAGAGACUAUUAUCCAACAAGUUUGAAUUAGACAAGACUUUGAACUCAGCUUUAGAGAAUUUGCCUAAAGAUCGAAAUGGAAAGAUGUCAAAGGAGUAUCUAAGGGUGGCACUGGAUGUGGUGGCUCCAUCUGCUGGUUUACCUCCAGUUGGUGCAAUUGAAGAGAUGGAUAAGGUCAUUGGUGAAGUCUUUAAGGUGAUGAAUGCAGAUGAUGGGAAAAUGGUCAAAGAAGAUGAGUUGAAGAAAAUUUUGACUGAAAUACUGGGGAGUAUCAUGUUGCAGUUGGAGGGAAAUCCCAUAUCAGUUUCUUCAAAUUCGGUAGUGCACGAGCCUCUAGACUCAUCUUCUACACUUUUGCAGCCAUCUUCUAGUGAAGCUGCGGCAUAGCAUUGCCCAAGUAUAUGACGGGUAAAGGAACUGAGAAAUAUAAUAAAAUUUUUAUUUAUGUAAAUUAUUACUAUAAUUUGUGUUUUGAACAGUCAAAUUUAAAUGCUGUGGGAUUUGUGAAUUUGAAAAAUAUAGAAUGCGAUGGAGAAGGAAAAUUGAAUAGUCAGUUACCCCCUUAGUUGGGCUUGUUGGUCACUUCUAGUUGUACUUCAAUCAUCUUUCAGGCUGUUUGAUCAUAACCUAAAAACAAUAUCAUUAUUUUACUGAUACAUAUACAUUC